CGCCCCCACCGCUCUGCCCCCAAACUUCAUCUGCAGCUACAUUCCAAGCCAUCUAAUUUAUUCCUCAGAAUCAGAAACUGAGCCGCGACACAGGGAAGGAGUCCGCGGAGGAGUAAAACACGAGCAAGAAGAGCUCCAGAGAGCAGCCGCCCGGGAGCGACACCUCAGCGUCGGGAGUGCAGAAACCAACAAGUGAGAAGGAGCCGCGUUCCGGGGCGCAGCCGCGGGCGGCGGGAGCAGGCGCAGGAGGAGCAAGCGAGCGCCCCGAGUCCGGAGCUCGAGCCCCCGAGCCCGAGCUGCGGUCGCUGCAGCUGGUGUGGUCCGGAUUUGUCUGCGCGGCUGCGCCUGGCGCUGGGCAAGAGGCUUCGUUUCGCCCUGGUUGCAAGCGUCGGCUGGGAGCAGCCGGUCCCCGGGGAAUAUGCGGCGCGCUUGGAUCCUGUUCACCUUGGGCUUGAUGGCCUGCGUGUCGGCGGAGUCGAGAGCAGAGCUGACAUCUGAUAAAGACAUGUACCUUGACAACAGCUCCAUUGAAGAAGCUUCUGGAGUGUAUCCUAUUGAUGACGACGACUAUGCUUCUGCAUCAGGCUCGGGAGCUGAUGAGGACAGAGAGAGUCCAGAGCUGACAACGUCUCGACCACUUCCAAAGAUACCGUUCACUAGUGCUGCUCCAAAAGUGGAAACCACAACGCUGAAGAUACAGAACAAGAUACCUGCGCAGACGCAGUCACCUGAAGACAUUGAUAAGGAAAAAGUUCAACUCUCUGACUCAGAAAGGAACAUGGACCCAGCUGAAGAGGACACAAAUGUGUAUACUGAGAAGCACUCAGACAAUCUAUUUAAACGAACAGAGGUCCUGGCAGCUGUCAUUGCUGGCGGAGUUAUCGGCUUUCUCUUUGCAAUUUUCCUUAUCCUCCUGUUGGUGUAUCGCAUGAGAAAGAAGGAUGAAGGAAGUUAUGACCUUGGAGAACGCAAACCAUCCAGUGCUGCUUAUCAGAAGGCGCCUACUAAGGAGUUUUAUGCGUGAAACUCCCACUUUGUGUCUCUAUUUAUGAGAUCACUGAACUUUUAAAAAUAAAGCUUUUGCAUAGAAUAAUGAAGAUCUUUGUUUUUUGUUUUUUUCAUUGAAGAGCCAUUCUGGCACUUUAAUGAUAAAAUCCCAUUGUAUUUAAAACUCUUCAUGUAUUUCUUUAGAACAACAUAAAAUUAAAACUUAACAUCUGCAGUGUUCUGUGAAUAGCAGUGGCAAAAUAUUAUGUUAUGAAAACCCUCAAUGUUCAUGGAAUCGGUUUAAACUUUUAUGCACAAAUACAAAAUGAUUGUUUUUAUCCUAUGGUUCAAAGAUGAAAGCUGUUUAAUUUGUGUCAGCAUGUCUCCGAUUGACCUUACCAAGUGGGUCUUCCUUUGUUAAGUUAUCUGUUGUUCCCCGCUCCUCUCUUGUCCCCUUGAAAACAAGAAACUCUAUGCCUUCUGUAGCUGUUAUGGUGCAAUUUGUCUUUGGAUAAUUCAGAUAAUGGUAAUUUAGUGUAUAUGUGAAUUUCAAAUAUGUAAACUUUAACCUCCACUUUGUAUAAAUUUUUAAGUGUCAGACUAUCCAUUUUACACGUGCUUUUGUUUUUCAUUACCUGUAGCUUCAGGCAGAUUUGCAACAGCAAAUUAAUGUGUAAAAUUGGAUUAUUACCACAAAACUCUUUAGUCAUAUCACUCUAAUCAGAUCUUCUUUUGGAAGGAUUUGAUGUGAGUUACUGACAAGCCUCAGCAAACCCAAAGAUGCUAACAGUAUUUUGAGAAGUUGCUGCAGAGUCCUCUGGCCACUGUAUUUGUUAGUUUCUUGCAAUUUGAAGGUAUGAGUAGAGGGUUUAAGGAAAAAUCAGUUUUUGUUCUUAAAAAUGCAUUUAAGUUGUAAACGUCUUUUUAAGCCUUUGAAGUGCCUAUGAUUCUGUGUAACUCGUCGCAGACUGGUGUUAAUGAAUAUAUAUAACAGUUAAAAAAAAAGUUGGUAUUUUAUAAGCACAGACAAUUCUAAUGGUAACUUUUGUAGUCUUACGAAUAGACAUAAAUUGUAAUUUGGGAACAUAAAAACUACUGAAUAAAUCAUGUGGCCUAAUA